AAUAAAAACAUCUCAAUCCGGAACAUGAUCCUAACAUUGACUGUGUGCAGUUACUUGCCUGUUCCGUGAAAGACGCGAUGGUCUGCUCAAAUACAUCCGUCGCAACUGCCGAGCCCGGAUCCACAUCUUCACGAUGACGUAUACGUUCUAGAAUUCCUGUGCACCACGCAGCAGAGACUAUCGUGUGUAAAAUCCGAUACUACCGAGACCUUGCUAUGGUGGGGUUAACAGUAGUUAUCAAGCCAGGGUAGAGAUUGGCUGGUGGCGGCGUUGAUGAUGUUUCCAUGAUCGCUACAGCGUCGCUAUAAAGACGCGCCUUCCCAGCCAAGCUUUUCCAUACCUACCCAUCAACAAAACAUUAGAAUCAAAACCACAUCAUGUCUCUCAAAUACAACAAAGUCCUCGUACUAGGCGCGACAUCCGGCAUCGGCUGGGCCCUUGCAGAGAAGAUUGUCCAAGACGGCAAACACGCCAUCAUCGUCGGCCGACGACAAGAGAAACUCGACGAAUUCCAAAAGAAGCACGGCAGCGACAAAGUCUCGGCAUUCGCCUUUGACAUCACCAAGCUGGACGAAAUACCCAAGUUUGUCAAAGAUGUAACAAGUGCGCACCCAGACCUAGACUCCAUCUUCCUCAACUCGGGCAUCCAGCGCGGUUUCGACUUCUCCAAGCCCGAGACCGUGGAUUUGGAUCUGCUAGAAAUGGAGUUUAGGACGAAUUAUCUGAGCUACAUGCACCUCACCACAGCAUUCAUCCCCUUUCUGCAGAAGCAAGAAAAGGAAACCAGUCUCAUCUACACGACCUCGGGCCUCGCGCUCAUGCCCCUCCCGCGCUGUCCAAACUACUGCGCUUCCAAAGCCGCACUACACCACAUGAUCCUCGUCCUGCGGCAUCAGCUAGGCAAUGGGCCGGGCAACAUCAAGGUGAUUGAGAUCUUCCCGCCUGCGGUGCAGACGGAGUUGCAUGAUGAGAAGCAUCAGCCUGAUAUCAAGGAUGGGGGGAACAUCGGUAUGCCGUUGGCGGAGUUUACGGAGGAGGCGUGGAAGGGGCUGGUAGAGGGGAAGGAUCAGAUUCCUGUGGGGUUUGUGGGUAAGGCGUUCGAUGCGUUUGAGAGUAAGAGGCAGGAGAUGUAUAGGCAGAUUUUCUUGUCAGAGAAGUGAGUGGGUAGGGAGGUUUGGAGGAUGGAUUGUAGAUGAUAGAGUGGGGCGUAUUGGUGGUACCUAGAUAGUUAAGCCACAUUUUGGACCCUGAUGUAUGGGCGCAAGGACACAUGUCGAUGAGAGGACUAUUGUUUGCUAGAAACUCAUCGCAAAAGAAAUAAUGCCGUCAGACGCGUUCCUAAUAAGGUCAAUAGUUGUUUCAGUGAAGAAAUAAAGUCGGGGCAGUUGCGCAGCCAACACGCGCACAGCCCCAAUGCGG